AUGUCCCUCCUCGCCCUCCCAGCAGAGCUGCGCAACGAGAUCUACCGCCUGGUCCUCGGACCUCCUCCCAACCACCCCGCCAUCAACGAGAUCUACCGCCCCAUCGACCGGGCCCCCGUCCCUCGCUUCCCUGGCGCCAGGUCCCCCUUCGUCCGCACCUGCCGCCAAAUCCGCGCCGAGGCCUUGAGCCUCUACUACUCCAGAAUCCUCCUCCGCGUCUGGCUCCGCUCCCUCCUCGCCCCCAUCCCGUCGGCGAAGAAAUUCUCGGCGUGGAUGGGAUCGUUGCAGGGCGUGGAGUACUUCCCGCGCAUCGAAGUCUCGGCGACGUCGCUGGCGGAGCUCGUCAAGUUCCGGGCGGAGCUGGUGAGGAGUGCGGCUGGGGAGCACUGGUGGGCCCGCGUCGGGCAGAAGGUUGUGAAGAUGGGGUAUUUUGGCACGGUGCCAGCAACUCGGGAUGGGGAGAUCUGGGUUGGGUUUUUGUUUGGGCUGGAGGAGUAG